UUAUACUUGGUUAUCAUUCUCAUUAAAGUCAUGGCAGAUUGGCAACUACAAACAAAUUCUCUCUCAGGUAAAAUCAAGCAAUUGAUGCUUACCGAUGAAUUGCACGAUGUCACUUUUUUAGUGGGAAACGAUCAAAAGAAAUUUCAUUCUCAUAAAUUGUUACUUAGCGUAUAUAGCGAUGUUUUCCGUUCAAUGUUAUAUGAUUCUUCGUGUAAAACGGAGGAAAUACUCUUGCCAGAAGUAGAAUCACGAAUCUUUCAAAUGGUUCUCAACUACGUCUAUACAGAAAAACUUGAAACUGACGAAUUCGACGAUGCCAUCAAAUUGUUCUAUGUGGCAAACAAGUAUUCCAUAGUCGAACUCAUGCAACUUUCUCGAGAAAUAGCAAUAGCCAAACUCAGUUCUGAGAAUGUUUGUGUGGCCUACGACAUAGCAAUUCAAAUGAAUGACGAUAUAUUUGACAAUAAAUGUGGAAACAUUAUAAAAAUGGAUACCGUAAAAGUAUUAGAAUCUCAAAAUUUCUUAAGAUCUUCUUCAAAAACGAUACAAAAAAUAAUAUCUUUCGACUUUCUUAAUAUUCCCGACGAAUUGUUUCUUUUUGUAGCUAUAACAAAAUGGGUUAAAGAAGAGAUUCGUCGACUAAAUAAAACAAAUUGCCCAGAAAAUUUGAGAAAAAUUAUGGACCCUAUUCUGCCUCACAUAAGAUUUCUAACUAUGACACAUAAUCAGUUAUUUGGAAGCCCUGCAAGAAGUGGAAUAAUUAAAUCAGAAGAGAUCAUGCAGAUUGCAAUGCACUUAUCUAAUCCCGAACAAUUUACCGAUCUUCCAAAUUGGUGCAAUACUGAAAAAAAUAACAGAAUAGGCUCUGUGAAACCAAAUACUUUAUACAGGUUGAGAUUCAAUCAAAUCUGUUUUUCAUCAAUCGACAAGAUAAAAAAAACUGAAAAACUGAGGAUCAAGUGCUGUAUCAUACCAUCCUGGAAUGAUAUUUUACUAAAAGGCUUCACUGUGUGUAUGAAAAAUUCUAUAAAAAUUCAGCCUCAACUUUAUAUUGCUAGCUCCAGCGAAUCUUAUAAGCUUGUCGAAUACGCCAAAAUCAUAAAUAGCGAAAAUGAUUCAAAUAAUCCAUUGCAUGAUAUUUAUGAAAUGAGGUUGUUUGAGCCAUUAUUAAUGAAAAAAUGGAAUUACUAUUACAUCAAGAUUAAAAGUGAUGAUCCAAUAGUUAUGUGCGGUGAAUCGAUUUUAUGCGAUAAGUUAUACAAUUUAUCAUAUUUAGGAGUUACUUAUUUGAAGAAAACUAAUUGCCAUUUUCAAGAAAUUCUUUGCUUCAUCGAUUUAUAGAUAUCGAUUUCAAAAGCCAUUUAUUGGUGGUUAUUAUAUUAAUGAAAGUGAAAAAUGUAUCUAUAACAGCAUUUCUCAAACUAAGAGUCGUCGCGUUAAAAUUUUAAUGGAUGGCGAAAUGAUACUACCUUUCGCAGAAAUACUGUUUAUACUUGUAUUAAUGAAAUGUUUUCUAAGAACUGGGAACAAAGGAUGUAUCUGUUAAGCAC